UUCUCGAUUUAAUGAUUAAGGGAAACUCGAUCCCUGAAAAGAUCAGUGCUGUAUGUGACAGAGAUGUCUUCGUUUUCUGAUUCAAAUUUAGCAAAAAAAUUCAGUGAAUUAAAUAAUACGCAGCAAAGCAUCCAAACACUUUCUUUGUGGCUUAUUCACCAUAAAAAACAUUCGAAAACUAUAGUUCAAAUAUGGUACAGAGAGCUUGAAAAAGCAAAACCCAGCAAGCGUUUGACCUUUGUCUACCUUGCUAAUGAUGUCAUACAGAAUAGUAAAAGAAAAGGUCCAGAAUUUACUAAAGACUUCGCUCACAUACUACCUGAUGCUUUCACCCAAGCUGCCAAAGAGGCAGAUGAUAAAAUGAAAGCUUCGCUUGUCAGAGUUAUAAAUAUUUGGAAAGAAAGAGGAGUCUAUGAUAAAUCAUUUAUCAAAAAGUUAAAGCAGUGUACAGCAUCUGGAACAUCAACUUCUAAUGUACCCUCACAGCCAAGUUCAAGGCACCAUCCAAAGCCUGUAAAACAAGAAACUCCAGCGAGGCAAGAGCCAAAGAAGGUGAAAAAAAAUGAGCCAGAGUUUUCUUUGAGACAAGAAGUCGAGGCUAUGGGUGUCAAACUCCCAGAAAAUGUUGAUGCAGAAGAUCUUGUUCAGAGAUUGUCAGACCUGGAAAACUCCGCCUCCUGUGAUGCCUCUGUUAGAGAAAGAAUUGCUGCUCUACCACCUGAAGUUUCAGAUAUCAGCCAUUUAGAAAAAGUGCAAGAUCGUGAAUCUGCUGACAGACUAUCUGAAAAGGUGGAUGAGGCAGCUUUGCUUCUUAAUGAAUAUAACCGGAGACUUGUAGCAGAGCUGGAAGAAAGAAAAAAAGUAGCUCGCAUGUUGCGGUCUUUUAUCUUGUCUCAACAACAACAGGUGAAAGAAACAGAGAAAAAUCUUCAGGACUUUAAAGAGAAACUGGACAAAGUGACCAAUGUCCGGCAAGAGCUUAUGUCCCACAUUCAAAACCUUCCAGACUUGACCCUGCUGCCUGAUGUGACCGGAGGCCUGGCACCCCUACCCUCAGCCGGUGACCUGUUUUCUCUACAAAAUUUAUGAGCGGCACCCUGAGGCAGGGCCAUGUGUUGUGUGAGGAUGGGAUUUGGAUUUAAAUUACCUCUGCGUGUUGAGCAAAUCUGUUUGAGUAACACUCACAGUCAUACUUUCAGUUUGUAUGAGUUUGUUAAACAAUUCUGAUGAUUGUUAGAUGAUUUGAAUGUUUUAAAAGAUUGUACAUAGUAAAAUUAGUAUGUAACAUGUGUUGACAUUAAACAUUGCAAGUUUUUUUUUUUCCCUUU